AUUGUACUUAUUUUCUCUUACCUGUCUGAACUUGAUGAAGAAGCAGAUAUACUCGAAGCCAAGGAAGAUGCUACCACUGUAGAUACCGGUAGACUACCGUUAGAUACCGUUAGUCUUAUAAAAGAUAGUAAAUAUAGUACUCCAAAUCUGGAUACUAUUAUGAGUAUUUAUUUUCUAGAUGCUAUUGCAGAAAUCACAAGACUAGAAUUUAAUAAUAU